AUGCUAUUAUUGAGGUUUUUUUUAGUUGCUUCAAGCUAUAAAAUAAUAAUAAUUGGUGGCGGUACAGGAGGUUGUUCAUUAUCGCAUCGGUUUCACAAAUUGGUACCCAAAGGUCAAAUAGCAGUAAUUGAGCCCUCGCAGGAACACCAUUACCAACCAGGUUAUACACUUGUUGGAGGAAAUCUGUACACUUUGCCACAGUGUAUCAAACCCAUGAAAGCAGUUUUGCAUCGUGACAAUGUUUGGAUCAAUCAGUCAGUAGCAAAAAUCAAUGCUAACGAUAACUUCAUUACUUUGAAUGAUGGAACAAAGAUAAGUUAUGAACUGCUACUGGUAGCAGCUGGAAUUGAACUUCGAUUUGAUAUGAUCGGAAAUUUAGCUCAAGCAAUGUUUGACCCAAAUAUAUGCAGCAUUUAUCGAGCUGACUUAGCUCAGAAAACUCAAAAAGUUCUACAGUUAUUUGAUAGAGGUGAAGCAAUAUUCACCCUUCCUAAUACGCCAGUUAAAUGUACUGGUGCUGCGCAGAAGAUUUGUUAUUUGGCUGAUGAAAUAUUUCGUCAGCGAGGUGUUCGUGAUCAGAUUCAUUUAACUUUUAAUACACCCUUAUCUGAUAUAUUUGAUGUACCAAAAUAUGCCAGAGUACUUAAUGAGAUUGUCAAAAACAAAUCAAUCGAACUGAAACUAUUUCGAAACCUAAAGUCAGUUGACAUCACCAAACGUGAAGCAACAUUUGAAGUAAUUGGUACAGAUGCCAAACCAACAGGACAAAUAGAAGUUCAAAAGUUUGAUUUGCUGCAUGUAACUCCACCAUGCUUACCACCUCAAGUGUUACGUAACUCACCAGAUAUAACAAAUGCUGCAAAUUUUUUGGAUGUGAAUCCGAAAUCACUGCAACAUGUAAAAUAUGCUAAUAUUUUUGGUAUUGGUGAUUGCAUUGGAUCGCCAAAUAAGAAAACAGCCGCAGCUUUAUUUACACAAAUGAGGACACUGAGCAAAAAUAUCCCAAGAUUUCUCGAAAAGAAGCCAAUAUUGGAAACGUACGAUUGCUAUUCAUCAUGUCCUAUCAUUGUCAGUUUUCGACACGUCGUUCUAGCUGAAUUCACUCCAAAAGGACCACUUGAAACUUUGCCCAUCAAUCAAGCUAAACCACGAUUUAUUUCAUUUUUAAUGAAAAGGUAUUUGCUACCUUGGAUAUACUGGACCCUUGGUAUCAAAGGACAUUGGUUAGGACCCACAGUUAUACGAAAAAUUAUUCAUCUUGGAGCCAGUAAGUAG